AGGAGCACUAAAAUCUUUGGUAGCCUUUUUCCUGCAAAUGCUAUAAUUUCUAAUCAAUUUAUUUAUUUCAUGUUUCAUCUUUGAAGUUAGUGACAUUAAUACGGACCUGAACUAUGACAUCAAGAAGUUCUGGCACAACAUUUCCUCGGAAGAAUUACAGGUUAAGCACCGAGCCUGAAAAGUCCAAAGUUGCAGGAAUAGUGAACAGCAAGCUCCUGAAUGAUUAUCUUCAUCGUAUCUUUCCCAGUGCUGAUGGAACUCAACUUUCUGCUGCAUGCAGGAAGCAUCUAUCAUUUCAGAAUCUACAAGAACAUAUAGAACAAUUAUUAGCAGAAAAUGCCAGCUCAGAAGAUGGUCAAGAUCAAAUUGUAGAUGGCAGACUUGGUCCUUCAACUGUAGUGCUGGAUCAUACCAGUGGCUUUGAGGGGCUCCUGCUAGUAGAUGAUGAUCUACUUGGAGUGAUUGGGCAUAGUAACUUUGGUUCUAUUAGAGCUACUACCUGUGUGUAUAAAGGUAAAUGGAUCUAUGAGGUACUGAUUUCAUCCCAAGGUCUCAUGCAAAUUGGCUGGUGCACACUCAAUUGUCGAUUCAAUCAAGAGGAAGGAGUUGGAGACACACCAGAUUCAUAUGCUUAUGAUGGGAAUAGAGUGCGCAAGUGGAAUGUGACUACAACCAACUAUGGGAAAUCUUGGGCAGCAGGAGAUAUUGUCAGCUGCUUAAUAGACCUUGAUGAGGGAAACAUUUCUUUCUGUUUGAAUGGUGUGUCUCUGGGGACAGCUUUUGAUAACAUUUCAAGAGGCUCUGGCAUGGCCUAUUUCCCUGCCAUCAGUCUGUCAUUCAAGGAAUCUGUUGCUUUUAACUUUGGCAGCCGCCCACUCCGCUAUCCAGUGGAUGGAUACCAGCCCUUACAAGAUAAACCAACUGCAGAUCUGUCGAAAGCUCACAAGCUGCUGGGAUACCUCAACAAUGUUAUUAAUAUAGGCAUAGAUGUUUCGGAAGGGAAGCUGGUAGAAAGAGACUCUUCCACCUGGCAGCUCCAGGGGGAGCCAACAAUACUCAUCACCCUGGCACACAUUUUUAACAAUUUUGCCCCUCUUAUGUGCAAAGUAUACUUAGUGGAAGAUGUGCUCAUGAGUUUCCUGCUUGGGAUCUUGGAAGGGGGAGGAGCUGUAGAAGCACAUCCUCUUAUUCAGCAGUUACUGGAUCUUAUGUGGCUUCUCAUGGAGGAUUAUGAAGUACAUGAAUGCCUCAAGCAGCUGUUGAUGUCCCUGCUCAGGGCAUACCGCUUUUCUCCCAUAGUUCCUGAUCUUGGCUUACAGAUCCAUUAUCUUCGUCUUACUAUUGCUAUCCUAAAACAUGAGAAAUCCAGGAAAUACUUGCUCCAUAAUGUCUUAUUUGAUGUCCUUCGCUCAGUUGUAUUUUUUUAUAUCAAGUCCCCUUUGCGUGUGGAGGAGGCUGGCUUACAGGAGUUGAUACCCACCACCUGGUGGCCAAAUCGCUUCAACAAGGAGGGCAAAGAGAGUAAAGAAGUAAAGAAUGAGAAUGCUGAGGAGAGACUGAGGAGGCGAGCAUAUGAGAGAGGGUGCCAGCGGCUUAAAAAACGCAUUGAAGUGGUGGAAGAACUCCAGGUGCAGAUACUGAAGCUGUUGUUAAAUAAUAAAGACCAUGGUGUGGGAGGAGCUUCCAGAUACAUCUUUCUAAAUAAGUUCCGCAAGUUUCUUCAGGAAAAUGCCAGCAAUCGAGGGAAUCUGACCGUGUUAUGUCCUCCAGAAUAUAUGGUGUGUUUCUUGCAUCGACUCAUAGCAGCCUUGAGACAUUAUUGGGAUGAACAUAAGGUGAAGAAUGCAUCAGCACUGAGUUGUGAAGAUGCUUAUGUUCCCCCUCAGCUCUUUUAUAAUGGGAAGGUGGAUUACUUUGACCUCCAGCGACUUGGGGGGCUCUUAUCUCAUCUCAAGAAAACUCUGAAAGAUGAUUUGGCCUCAAAGGUGAAUAUUCUAAUUGAUCCUGCAGAACUUCAGGCUGUGACAAUGGAUGAUCUUGAUGAAGAUGACGAAUCAGCAGUGUCAACAGCACAACGUCCAGCUGCUGCACUGGCAAUUGGGGGAGCCUUGGCCAGGCCAAGCUGGCUCAGUUCCCCCACCUUGGGGCGAGCUAACCGUUUCCUCAGUACUGCAGCUGUCAGCCUGAUGACCCCAAGGCGAUCACCAGGUGCCCUAGAGAAGGUUAAAGUCCGUACACUGAACAUGGAACAACGAACAGAGGAGGACAUUGAAGGCAGCUGUGGAAAUGAGGGUCUUCUAUUAGGGAAACCUACAGAAGAGCCGGAUCAACCAAUAACUGAGACUUCUCUCUUGGAAAUCUUGGAUGGAAUAGUCAUGAUGUACAACCUCAGCGUGCAUCAGCAGCUUGGUAAGAUGGUAGGUGUUUCUGAUGAUGUGAAUGAGUAUGCUAUGGCAUUGAAAGAUACUGAAGAAAAGAUCAGCCGAUGCCCAAAGAAGAGAAGAGAUAUCUGUGAAGAAUUAGUGAAGAGUCAAAAAGUUUUUUCUGAGAAGCUGAAUCACCUGAGUCGCCGACUUGCUUGGAUUAAUGUUACUAUUUAUUCAAAGGAGAAAAUGCAAGAUAUAUAUUGGUUGUUACGGGUGUGCAUUCGUACGAUUGAACAUGGAGACAGAAUUGGCUCACUCUUUGCAUUCAUGCCUGAAUUUUAUCUGAGUGUAGCAAUGAAUAGCUACAGUGCUCUCAAGAACUAUUUCAGUCCUGUCAACAGCAUGGAAGAACUUCCAGGCUAUGAAGAUACAUUGACACACCUUGCCGCCAUUUUAGCCAAGCAUUUUGCUGACCCAAGAAUUGUAGGCACAGACAUUAGAGACUCCCUAAUGCAAGCAUUAGCCAGCUACGUUUGCUAUCCCCACUCACUUCGGGCUGUAGAGAGAAUUCCAGAAGAUCAACGAAUAUCCAUGAUGAGGAAUCUGCUGGCCCCAUAUGAGCAAAGACCUUGGGCACAGACUAACUGGAUUCUUGUACGACUGUGGCGUGGCUGUGGAUUUGGGUACAGGUACACACGGCUUCCUCAUUUGCUGAAAACCAAGCCAGAAGAUGCUAAUCUACCAAGUUUGCAAAAGCCAUGUCCAUCCACCUUGCUGCAGCGACACAUGGCGGAUCUGUUGCGCAGUGACCAAGAAAUGGCACCCAGUUUCCUCAAUAGUGUCCUUAACCAAUUAAACUGGGCCUUCUCAGAGUUUAUUGGUAUGAUUCAAGAGAUCCAACAAGCUGCAGAACGCCUAGAGAGAAACUUUGUAGAUAGUCGCCAACUGAAGGUGUGUGCAACUUGCUUUGAUUUGUCAGUGAGCCUUCUCAGAGUCUUGGAAAUGACUGUCACUCUAGCUCCAGAGAUCUUCUUGGAUUGGAAUCGCCCUUCUUCAGAACUAUUACUCAGGAGACUUGCACAGCUGUUAAACCAGGUGCUAAAUCGUGUAACAGCUGAGCGGAACUUAUUUGACAGAGUGGUCAACCUUCGCCUGCCAGGACUGGAAAGUGUAGACCACUAUCCAAUUCUUGUGGCUGUGACAGGAAUUUUAGUCAGGCUCCUUGUAGAUACUGAUUUCCAAGGGGCUGAGCGAGCAACAGCUGUGCUCCUGGCAGAUCCUUGUUUCCAACUCCGUUCUAUUCAGUACUUAUUGGGUCACACGGAGCCUUUAGUACUGGGAAUGACAUCAUCUUCUGCUGACAAGAAACAUUUCUCCCUGCAGAGCUACACUGAUUAUAUCAGCCAGGAAGAACUAGCCAAGGUGGAGCAAAUGCUGGGCCACCUCAGUGAAGAAUCCAAGCAAGCUGCAGCUGCCACUUUGCCCACUAGUGAAGAAGACUUGUGCCCUAUCUGUUAUGCACAUCCGAUCUCUGCUGUUUUUAAGCCAUGCUCCCACAAAUCAUGCAAAGCCUGCAUCAACCAGCACCUGAUGAACAAUAAGGACUGCUUCUUCUGCAAAGCCACCAUCACAGGAGUGGAGGAUUACAUUAAGCCAGCCACCUCCUAGUGCCUGGACCCUGCAGGGCAGGGACCGCAUGCCUGGGCAGCUUCUCCCACAGUGGACUCUCCCCCCUCCAAGAGCAUCUCGUCAAAAGUGACUGUUCUUCAGCACAGCUGAGAUCAGUUUUAUGACACCUCUUGCAGGCCACACACUUCUGUAUGCAUCACCUAGGCCAAAUUGUAUUCUUCAAUCCUACUGAAUUUAGGUACACUUCCUGUUGCUGUCAUUUGACUACGAACCAACAGGUAUUGAGCUUUUCCUACGGGAUAUGUGCAUGGGGGCUUAACAUGGCCAGGUUCUCUACCUCAAUCUGAGUCUAUAGCUCCUGUCCUGCAUCUACCCUAGGAAGUGUGUCUUGUACUGUAGCUGGGCCACAUCCUCUUUGAUGUGGUGCUCUCCAUGGUAGAGUAAAAAUGGAUUCUCCGCAGCCAGCAUCUCUCCUGUGAGUCCAGCUACUCACUAGCCAAGUGUGUUCUGGCUGCUGCUACAGCAGCAGCACUUUGCUGUUUGACAGUGCAUGUAUAGCUAGGGUUGGUUCAAAUAUUUGUGUGGGCAUACCCUGCAGACAACCAUUCACCUGUAGCACCUGAUGUGAUAGUUCUGGAGAUUGUCAAGCAAUACUCUCCUGUGCAGUCAAAGGCGGUACACGUGAGUGAAGGAUUGUGGUAUCUGGCUAAAAAUUUGAAUCUGCUCUUUGUGAGUCUGCUCCUUUCCUCUGAAGGCAAGGACAGCUUUGAAACACAAACUAGGCCAGGCUUCUGGUGUGGGGAGCUUAGUGAUACAACAGAGGAAUAAGUGCAGAAAUGCAGCCUGGACAACGCGGAGGAGGAGUUUGAUCAAACUUCUCCAUGGGAAAGACCAGGUUCAGUAGGACCAAUAUUUGGUCCAUGUAUUACAUAAGUAGUUUGGAGAAGUGUUCAGUACAUUGAUAUUUCAGGUUACAGCAGGGGUGAACCUGAUUGCACUGCUAUCUUCCACCAGCAGAAAGUGCCUCUGUGGCACCCACCCUACACUGUGUGACCAGGUUGCCUGUACAAUCCAGGAGCAGACAAGGGUUUUUUAAAAAUUUACUGUGUGUGACUUGUAUCCAGAAAUGUUGGGGAGGGUAGCAAGCGUUGUGCUUGGAACAAGGAAUUUAAUUUAAGUGCAUAUAUGGUUGUCUCUCUUCCCCUUUCCCUUCCCAACUGGAAGGGGAUAUUACUUCCAUAAAAUGAAAUAUUAAAUUAUUCCUUAAAGCUG